AUGCCUGCUCCAAUAAGAUCGCCUGCUCCAAAAAGACCGCCUGCUCCAAAGAGACCGCCUGCUCCAAAGAGACCGCCUGCUCCAAAGAGACCGCCUGCUCCAAAGAAAUCGCCUGCUCCUAAAGAAUCGCCUGCUCCAAAGAAAUCGUCUGCUCCUAAAGAAUCGCCUGCUAAGAAGACCGGAGUGUUCGUUAUAGCUGUGACGGUUGUGGCAGUCAAGUUUGGAAAAAAAGCGACCAAAAACAUUCUCAAUGAUGGAAAUACUAUAAUCACCACCACCACAACAACAACAGCUAUUACUAGAACAACAGCUAUUACUAGAACAACAACAAAUACUCAAACUAUGAGUAUCAGCACGACUGGUCGUCCGAUAGGAACCGGCACUCUUUGCAAUUUGUCAAAAUGGGACGAAAACGGCGUGACUAUCGCCGAUAGUCUACAGAGUCCACGUGAUUUAUUUAUUGACGGCGAAUAUCUCUAUGUAUCAGAGACAGCCCAAGAUCGCCUGAUCAGAUAUCAUUUACGUACUCUGGAAAAACGUGUUAUACUUGCCGGUGUAACUGCACAUGCCAUUACAUUGAAUCAAGAAGAACAAGCGAUUUACUUUUCACGCGAAUUAGACAAUCAAGAACUUAUCGAACGUAUUGCAAAGGACGGACAGGGUGAAUUAACUACAAUCAUUCCUCGUGGCAAUGUUGAAAUUACCUUCAGUUUGGCUUCUAUAAAAGACAGUUUGUAUAUAUGCGAUAGAAAUAAACACCGUGUUGUUUUAUGGUCGAAUGUUACAAAGAAUAUUACUACAAUUGCUGGUAUUACUGGUAUGGGUUCCAAUGGGGAUCAACUUCGAUCACCAGAAGGUAUUUUCGUCGAUAUGGAUGGUAAUUUCUAUGUUGCUGAUACCCUCAAUCAUCGAAUUCAAUUUUGGCAAAAUAAGGCGACAAAUGCGACGACGGUUGCUGGAAACUCAGAUUCCAGUCCUGGAAAGAAUUUGAACGAAUUACAUCGACCAAAAGCGAUUUUUAUUACGAAUGGAACGAUGUUCAUCGCUGACAGUUAUAAUCAUCGAAUUGUCAAAUGGAGAAUCGGUGACAAACAAGGUUCUGUAGUUGUUGGGAAUGCCACUAUGGCAGCUGGAAAUAAUGCGAAUCAGCUAAGCGAUCCAACAAGUUUAAAACUUGAUUCUCACGGAAACCUCUACGUGGUUGACAAGGCACCCAAUCGCAAUGAAACUUCCAUUAUGACACCACCUUCAGGUGAGAAUGCAUUUACAACAUUAACAACAACUCUUUCAUCGAUCAAUCCGCUGAAUCAAACCAAUAUAAAUAACAUCGACGAAUGGCUUUUACUCGAUUCUAACAACGGUUUCAUUCGUUUAUAUGAUCCCAACGAUGCUUCAUCGUCUUAUCCACGUUCGAAACUUGUCCCAUGCACCAUGUGGACCACUAUUGAACAAAUCUGUUCAAGAUUGAACAAUGAUUUGGAUCCUCGAACAUGGUACGUGCAAUAUCAUGGCGAUCGAAUUCAACAUUUACGUCCCGAUGAAAAGCCGUUGUUCAUUCAACAUAACUAUCUCUUAUCGAUUGGAUUUUCGAGCAUUCAACGUUUGCAACAAGAAGGUGAUAAACACGAUCUUGGUUAUUUAAUACGCUUCCUUUCUGAUCGAUUGAUUAUUGAUCCAAAAAUUCAACCUCGAAGUUUAUCAACAUUAGCUUGGAUUCGAAAAGGCAAACUAAUACGAAAAUGGACGAAGCGAAAAUGCGUCAUAUCAACUAGUCGACUAACAGUCUAUCCUGAUGCAAAUACAAAUCCAUACGUGAUAGAACUUCAACGUGCAAGUGUUGAAGAAGUUCGAUCGAAAGAUAAACCCUUUUGUUUGAAACUGAUCGUUGAUGAUGGUAAAAACGAAGUUUUGUAUAUGGCUUUAAAUAAUGAUGAAGAAUACAGUCGGUGGUUGAAACGUCUACGAAAGACAACGAACAAAUUACCGGAUAUUGCUGAUUAUUCCUCGAGUCAUUUGGAGUUGAUUCCGAAGAAUCUAUUUGUCAAUUCGAAAUUAGUUGUACUCAAUUUACGUCAUAAUAAUUUACUCAUGCGACCGGCCGAUGAAGUCGUUUUCACUGUUGGUUUGAAUACUUCAUUUGAAAUUAUCAAGGUAGUUGUUGAAACCUUUGAAAUUUGUUGGUUAGACGAUUUAACACGUUUUCAAUACUUAACAAGUCUAAAUCUCGCUGAUAAUGACCUGAAAAUCUUUCCGAUCGUCAUCUGUCAUCUUCCUCGCUUGAUCGAUCUCAAUCUUGCAAGUAAUGGAAUCGAUUGUAUUCCAAGUGAUAUCGAAAAACUACAAAGUAUGGAAAUUCUGAACUUGCAGAGCAAUCGUUUAUCGAUUUUACCAACUGAAAUUGAAAAUCUUAAACGUCUACGUGAUUUCUAUUUGGAUUUCAAUCUAUUCAAAGAUAUUCCUACGUCGUUAACACGUUUAACCAAUGUGCGGUACUCGGACAUAACAAAUAUAUGUUUAGCCGGAAAUCAUAUUCGAAAAUUUGCAGCCGAAUCUGCUCAAUUUCUUGAACAUUGCCGUCAAUUGGAUUUACGUAUGAAUCAGUUAAAGCUCGAUGAAAAUGAUUUUAUAUUAUUGAAUCGACUAACACAUCUAACACAUCUGGAUAUUUCACAUAAUUAUCGUAUUAACGAGUUGGAUCUACGUUCAUUAUCGACCCUUCAGCAUUUGAAUUGUUCGUACAAUAAUACAUUUCGGUUGAUUUUGAAUGGACACUCGUUGAUACAACUGAAUGCUUCACAUAAUAAAUUGAAACAUAUUGAUGUUAUCACCGCUCCAUUGAACUUAACGGAACUCGAUAUAAGCUCAAAUGAAUUCCAAAUUCUCCCAGAUUGGUUAAAUGAAGAAAACUCAUCAUUGAAACGAUUAAUUGCUGAUCAUAAUCGUCUCAAUAUUCUUCCUGCCAAAUUUUUCACCUCGAACAAACGUCUCCAGUACGUUCGAUUGAAUCACAAUCGUUUAUUACAUCUUCCCGAACGUAUAAUCAAUUCAAAUAUUGAAACCUUAUUACUUCAUUCCAAUCGUCUCGAACAUCUUCCAGUCAAUUUACUAAAAAACCUUCAUCGAUUGAAAAUUCUAAAUUUAACUCAAAAUCAAUUAAUUUCAUUACCAUUACCGAACGAUCGAGCUGAUUUGAAUCGUUUACAAGAACUCUAUCUCUCGUGCAAUGAACUCGAUGACGAUGUCUUCGCAUUGAUCUCCCGAUACGACCGAUUAAAAGUUUUACAUUUAGCAUACAAUCGUCUUGAACAAAUCGAUGAUGUGGCUUUGAAAAAGUUGGUCUCGUUGACAGAUUUGAAUUUAUCAGGAAAUAACAUUCAAGUCUUACCUCAAACAGUAAUAUUGGAUUUGAGUUUUAAUGAAAUUGAUUCCGCGUCUAUUGAUAAUCUGUUUCCAACAUCGCUGACAAUCUUAGACCUAUCGGGAAAUCAAGCAAUUAAUAUUCAAAGAGAUAGUUUGAAAUCAUUAAGUCAAAAAACUGUUUCCUUAAUCAAUAUUUCUGGUUUAUCCGAUGUUUCGCAUGACACCUCAUUAUGGUCCGUUGGUUUCGCGCAAAGUUCUGGCAUUCGAAAUCGAUUAGCAAUAACAACUGUAAAUGAAGCCUCGUUCAAUUACUCGCCUACCGAUGCUCUAUUUGCUAUGUUUGAUGGCGGAUUGAACAAUGAAGUACCAUCAAUUCUCAAACAUAAAUUACCCGAUAUUCUUAAGUCUGAAUACGAACAAUGUGAUCAAGCGAAUGUCUAUCUUAAACAUACGUUUUUAACAUUGCAAAAACGGUUGAAAACAACUGGACAGCGUUUAGGUGCUGCAUCGACUGUUGUUCAUAUUCGUAGUUUAUUACCCACAAAUGUCGCAAAUGCGAAUCUUUACUCUUCGACAACGACAAUAUCAUCGUCAUCAUCGCAAACUGAAAAUCACUUUCGUUUUGAAUUGAAUGCCGCAAAUGUUGGUCACUGUGAAGCAGUACUUUGUCGUUCAUCAAUGAUUCAUCCUCUAACACGUCGUUUUACCAUUCCACAUGAUGAAAGCGAAUGUAAACGUAUUCGAAAAACACCGAGUGUAAUUAUUAAUGAAGAUAAUGCAUUAAAUGCAAUUACAUCUCAAACACGAAUGUUAGGGUGUUCAUUUCUCUAUCCUGCUGUCAUACCAACACCGCAUAUCUCAUCGUUUAUGCUGAGUAAAAACGAUGAAUUCUUCAUCAUUGCGAAUAAUUUAUUAUGGCAGCAUCUUUCCCACGAAGAAGCGGUACGGACGGUUCGCUCGAUACAGAACCCUGUUUUGGCAUCGAAAAAGCUCGUGGAUAUCGCGCAAAGUUAUGGAGCAAGAGAAAACUUAGCUGUGUUAAUUGUAAAAUUUAACUUCCAAAAAAAGACUCAACACGUGACAAAUCCUCCUCUUCCUCCUCCUUCUCAUCAACAACAACCACGAUUACCUCGGCAAGAAACUUAUUCGGAAAAUACAAACAGUUCAGGUGAAUAUUCGCCAGUGGCAAGUCCUCUGGUACCAAUGUUAGAUUCAACUGGUUAUUUAAGUGUUGGUGAACUGAGUGCAGCUGAUGAAGAUGAUUCGAAUGAAGAUCUUCAAUCAACAUAUAUAUCAACUAGACCUAUUCAAAAUUAUCUCUUUCAUUUAUCAGAUCAAGCAUCAUCAGCGAGUGAUGCACCAGCCACAUUGAAUGAUUCAAUACAAAAUCGUCUUUUGUCACGUAGUGGACGAACUUCCCUAAUAGCAGCAUCGAUGAUUGACACAUCUGCGUUAGCUGAUCGAAAAAAUGAGAAGAUCUUUCAAUCUGACACAGGUUUAUUCAAUUUUCCAGCAUCAAAUGCAGAACCAAUACGAACAAUACCAAGUGAUUUAACAAUCGUUAGCGAAAUUCUUCCAUCAUCACCACCACCCACCGUUGUAACAAAAAGCAAACGAAUAAAAAAUCCCUCAUUAAGUGGCGAUUGUCCCUCACCUCCUCGACCUGGCCGAUACCGUAAAAAACUAACCCCUCCAGCCCGUCCGCCAUUAGGUUAUUCAAAACCACCUCGUACGGAUCUUUCCAGUAAUAGUGAUAUUUCCAAUGACGGACACGAUUUCGAUUAUUCUCCAGCAUAUCCAGCUGGCCUACGUCCUGUCGCUGAUGCUGUCUUAUCAAUUUCAUCGAGUGAUGGUGAUGAUGACGAUAAUGACGAUGAUGAUUUUUCUUAUGUAGUCGAUCAGAUGAGCUUAACAUCAACAAAUACGAAUACCGAUUGUCAACCAAUUCAACAACAAAGUGAUUUUAAUUUCUUCGUUCGACGACAUUAUCCAUCGACAUCAUCAACAACACAUUCUGCUGUCAAUAGUACACUCACAUCAUCAUCGGUAACAACGAACAAUGCUUGUCAAGUAACCAUACUUCCCAAUAAAAUCACACGAUUAUAA